AUGCAACGAAAUCCGCUGAACGGGAGGCCUGAACCCGAGGUUAUCGUCAAUUUUGUAGAUGGACUAUCGUUUAACAAGGGAAAGAUGGAGGCCGCCAUCUUUGGCGGUGAUCUCUUCCCCAGCAAGCCCCCCACGAAGGCACAGAAAGAUACAUUUAUUGCCAAAAAGGAGGACGUCGACCUCAUAGUUCGUGAACUCGAGAUACCUAGAGUGCAGGCCGAACGUGCAUUUGGGGAAAGUAAGGGAGACCUCGAGAGGGCGUUGAUUAACCUCAUAACACCUAGUGCUAAGACAACUAAAUAGUAAUCGAGUGUAUAUAAUAUAUGUCAAGGCAGUUAUUCUCCCUCCUUCGCCCCAUUUCCGCCUUUCUGCUUUUGCUUGUUAUCAACUAUGGAACGAAGUGACUUUAUCAGGUCCUCUGAUUGCUUCGGCCUCGCGGGUGUCUCUGAAAUUGGCAGUCUGCGCCUGCGACCCGUCAUAGUGAAGUUACUUAGGGGCCUCGUGUAAACGGGGCCACUCGUCCGCCUGGAAGGAUCUUGCUGACCUUCCUUAUGUGCAAUGUAUUCCACGGUACCUGGCUUGUACGGAUUCGGUCUCGACUUUUCCGCUCCAGCCCAGCUUCCUACAUUCAUUCUCAACCACGACUCGUCCAUUCGCUGGGGGUGUUCGCCAACCACUUCGGGUGGAGAGACUAAGUCUAGCGACAUCGGCUUGUAGUUUUGCUUGCCCGCUUCCAAGUCCUGCCGGGGUUCUUCCUCAGUACCGAAAUCCGUCAUUACGGCCCUUUCAUUGUCUUUUCUGACGCUGACCUGCUCCUCAGUAGUCCAACCGGCGAAAGACACAACCACUGAGAUACUAUCCGUCCCCUGCUGUUUGCCAUAGUGAAGCCUGCGCCCUGGUAGCGGCUCUCCCAUCACAGCGUCCUGCAACUCGUUGGAAUAGGCAUACUUCAAGCCAGCAGUCGCGUGAGGCAUCGGUCUGAUGAUAGUCGAAUUUUCGGAUUUACACAAAGCAGUGAAUUUGUCGCUGAGGAACCAAAUAUGUUGCCGACUUCCGCGCUUUGCCAACACAUGCAGCGGAAGGUUCUUUGCAUUUGUUAGAGUACCGUCGAAGUCUGUCUGCCGCUUCUUCUUCUCCGAUACAACAAACUCCUCGAAUUCGGGUAGUAAGCGUCGGACUUUGCGUAAGUAGCGUUCGAGCCUUCUCGGCUUCAUAGCGCCGGGAUCGGGAACGGGAGUGAGAUCCUCCAGGUCCUUCUCGACUUUCGAAGGAGGUAAUUCGAAAUGGUCAGAGUCUCUCAGCAAGUAUCGGUCUCUGUGAUAGGUGUUUAUGUUAACACGUGGAGCCCAUGUACUACCCUCGGCGGCGAUCUUGGGCAUAUUGGGUAGUUCUUCAAUUUUCCGCAGUGCCGUAACGUCAGUAUACACACUUGUCCAUUCCGUCUGCUGAUAUAGCGUGUCCAUCUUGUGGAUCAGAAGCUUGCCAUCGCGUCGACGAACAGCAAGGGGUCGUUUGACACCCCAGUCGCCUCGAGCUGCACUUCCAUCAUACGUAGCAUAGACUUGGCCUAUCUUUGGAUCAUAAGAGGCAAACUUUGAUCGGCGAAGGAGGACAGAGAAUGAGGACGGCGGGACUUUGGCGACC